AAUAUAUACAUACAAUACAAAAAACAAGAGAAUUAGCAGACAGUAAUUGCGGCGAGCUAGCAGCGACGGGAUAGGAUCGGAAGUGGUAUCACCCUUCCCAUUCCCAUUCCCAUCGCCAUUUUAACCGCCUCAAGAUCGGAAGGCUUCACUCUUCAAUCCCAAUAUUUCUAUCCAAUCCCCAUUAAUUCCAGCCUGCCUGCCUGCAUAUCAUUCACUAAAGAUUGAUCAGAAUGAGCGAUAAAGUGGAGGAGUUGUGUGACGACAGGGAAGUCGCCUUGUCCCCCACUGCUGAAAACCACAAAGGCGGAUGGAUCACCUUUCCCUUCAUAUUAGUAAGCACAGGAGGGCUGAUGUUAGGAGGCGCAGGGUGGAUGACCAACCUGAUGGUGUUCUUAAUCAACACAUACCACGUCCAGAAAAUUGAUGCGGUUCAGAUCUCAACUCUCAUCCAUGCCUUUUUCAACCUCUUUCCUGUCUUUGCUGCAAUCAUCGCUGACUCUUUCUUGAGCUCUUUUACUGUCAUCUGGAUCUUUGGUUUUACCUCUUUACUGGGCACAAUUGUUUUAACCUUAUCUACCAUAAUAAGUGCGUUGAAACCUCCAGAAUGCCCUGAAGAUAGCUCAUCGUGCACCCCAAAUAAGCUUCAAUUUGCAGUGCUAUAUGCAGCUCUAUCUCUAGGAACCGUAGGGCUGGGCGGCCUCCGCUCUUCGAUCUCCACCAUGGGAGCCAACCAGUUCCGCAAGAAGAAACACCAGGGCAUUUUCUUCAACUGGUACUUCAUUACAUCGUACAUGUCUUUCGUGAUUGCCCAGACAGUUUUCGUCUACAUUGAGGAUAAUGUCAGCUUCAAAUGCGGCUUCAUUAUCUGUGUCGUCGCCAAUUCCAUCGGCCUCAUCGCUUUCUUGUCCGGCACCCGCUUCUACUCUUGUGGCAACCCAAAGGGGAGCCCUUUCACCGGCUUGGCUCGCGUUCUCGUCGCCAGCGUUCAUAAAAGAAACCUCAAAAUCUCCGACCACGAAACUGAUGGUGGUCGGUAUUUCGUCGGAGAUAAUGAAGAAGAACACCGUGGUCCUCCUUCCUCGGCCUUCAAGUUCUUGAACCGUGCGGCGGUGAAAAUGGACGGAGAUGUUGACGCCGAUGGAUUGAUAGAAAAGCCGUGGAGGAUUUGCACGGUUCAACAAGUGGAAGAUUUGAAAUCGCUGAUCAAAAUGAUCCCAGUUUGGACCACCGGGAUUAUCUUGCUCGUUCCAAUCGGAGCGCUACUUAAUCUCACCGUCGUCCAAGCCCUGACUAUGGACCGUCACCUCGGAAAAAAGUUCCAAAUCCCGCCGGGUUCCAUGACCGUCGUCGUUUUAUUCUCCUGCACCGUCUUCAUCGCCGUGAUCGACAGAUUAGUGUAUCCGGCGUGGAAAAAACUCGCCGGAAAACGCCCAACCGCGCUGCAGAAAAUCGGGGUCGGCCACGUCAUCACCCUGGUCGGCAUGGCGGUGUCCGCCGUGGUGGAGUACAAGAGACGAAUCGCCGCCGCCAACUCGGAGCCUAUCUCCGUACUCUGGCUCAUCCCGCCGCUCUUAUUCAUCGGCGUCGGAGAGGCGUUCCAUUACCCGGUGACGGCUCAGUUUUACUACCAAGAAUUUCCGGCGAACCUGAAGAACAUGGCCACCGCCUUGAGCGCUGUGCUCAUCGCCAUUGCGCUGUACGUGGCGUCCCUCAUAAUUGAGCUUAUUCGGAACGUGACAUCAUGGUUGCCCAAUAAUGACAUCGACAAAGGGAGGUUAGAUUAUGUGUAUUGGGUUUUGUUUGCCUUAGGAUUACUCAAUUAUGGUUAUUUUUUGGCUUGUGCCAACUAUUAUAAGUAUCAAAAUUGUGAAAAGCCCAAAAAUGAUGAUGACAAAUUACACUAGACUGAUAGAUAUAAUGUGUGUUCCCAUUUCCUGAAUGUAAAACA